UCGACUGCGCCUACUUGGCCAUGGAUACCGAGGAGGGGGUCGAAGUCGUCUGGAACGAGGUCCAGUUCUCCGAACGAAAAAAUUUUAAGAACCAGGAGGAGAAGAUCCAGCUUAUUUUCGAAAAUCUCACCCAACUCGAGCACCCCAACAUCGUUAAGUUCCACAAGUAUUGGGCUGAUACACUCAAUGACAAACCUAGGGUCAUCUUCAUAACAGAAUACAUGUCCUCCGGUUCCCUGAAGCAGUUCCUAAAGCGUACCAAGCGAAACGUGAAGAGGCUACCUCUACAAGCGUGGAGGAGGUGGUGCACCCAAAUCCUCUCAGCAUUGAGUUACUUGCAUUCCUGUUCACCGCCAAUCAUCCACGGCAAUCUGACCUGUGAUACCAUUUUUAUACAACACAAUGGGCUCGUCAAGAUUGGAUCAGUGGCUCCUGAUUCCAUAAACCAUCACGUUAAAACAUGCCAGGACGAUUUCAAAAAUAUGCAUUUCAUUGCCCCUGAACAUCCCACAAUAAUGGGUCCCGCGAUCGACAUCUACUCGUUCGGCAUGUGCUCCCUGGAGAUGGCCGCUCUCGAGAUAGUAGGUAACGGCGACUCCGGCAACAAGGUGACUGAGGAGAACAUCACCAAAACCAUCGAAUCCUUGGAGGACGAGCAGCAGAAGGACUUCAUCCUGCGGUGUCUGAGGAAGAACCCUGCCGAGAGGCCCACCGCCAAGGAGCUACUCUUCCACCCUUUGCUCUUUGAGGUGCAUAGCCUCAAACUGCUGGCAGCCCAUUGUUUAGUUAAGAAAUCUGCAAACAUAUCUGAAACGAUAACGGAUGAACUUAUGCAGAGGUGGUAUGGCCCCGAUGUAAUAGUCGCCGAGAUUAAUAGGAGGAGCGGCGAACACAUCCAGAUGAAGAUGGCCGACAUUCCCAUUACAGAGAAACUGGAGAAGUUCGUGGAGGAUGUCAAGAAUGGCAUAUACCCGUUGACGGCCUUCGGAGCCAAGCAACCCCCGCCGCCCCGCUCGAGGGCCAUCUCCCCCGAAAUGGCGGAAUCCGUCAAGUCGGUCACCCCAGAACCCACCGACGUAGAAACUAGAAAAAUUAUUAAUAUGAUGUGUGAUGUAAAAUCCAAAGAAGAGAGCUGUGAUUUAUUGUUGACUAUUGUACUGCGGAUGGACGAUAAAAUGAAUAGGCAUUUAACUAGUUGUAUAUCACCGGGAGACAAUCCAAAGGUUUUAGCGCAGGAAUUAGUCCAUUACGGUUUUAUCAAUGAAGUGGACCGUGACAAGAUAGCGAGUCUGAUAGAGGAGUCGUUGCAGAACGCCUCGGGCCACAGCAGCCCGACGCACAGCUUCCAGACGACGAUAACGACUCUGCCCGCGCUGACCACCGCCCCGCCGCCCGUCAUAAACUCAUUGCCUCCGCUGACGACGGUCAACACCGUGCCCACUCAAGUGCCCAUGCACUCCACCAGUUAGUAGUCAGCCUAGAAACUGCCGUCGAUGCACCCUGUCGCUCCUAGUGAUACACAGAGACAGUGUUAUCGUAGACUGGUUCCCAUUUCUUUCGUAGGAUGACGCGGGCGAGGAAAAGAGGGAGAGAGAGAGCACGGGCGAUGCUUUUUUUUAAUGCAAAGUCGCCACGCUCCGCCACGCCCCGCAUACCUUAACAUUUAGGCUUACGAUGGCUUGUGAUGUUUGAACCGACGCCGGAAUAGUCUAUGGAGCCGGAAUUAUUCUGGUAGAUAGCGAGAAGGCUCGAGAAGACUGUUAGUAAUGUUUGGACACCGUCGCGCUAGUCAUGUGACCACGUGUUAUAAUCUGUGAUUAGAGCUCCAUUGACGUAAAAAAAAUCGAGCACCGGACUGUUAACAUAUAUAGGUUUUCAUAUUGUAUGUGAUCUGUUUUAAGGAAAAUAAUAUGUUUUAUAAGAAUACGCAAGUCUGCUGUAUUUAGAUGGGCAACUUAUCAGUAAAAUUUCUCCCUUCACCCCCUUCGCAGAGCACGGGACUCUUCCGGUAAACGCGAGAUUUAACUGGUUCUCGAUGAACGGUAAGUCAAAAUCAAUGUGAUUUAAUUAAGAUAUUAUUAACAUUUCUUCUGAAAUUAUUUUCCCCUUUAUUUUUGUUUCGUUUUACAAAUUUUUUUUUUUUAAUUUUUUGAUAUUAAACUACAGGGUGAUUCAGUUCAGUACAUUCACAUGGAAACCUUGGACACAGUGAGAGAUAUAUACAGUUGAUUAAAUUACAAAAAAGCUGCUCAUAAUAAUUACUCUUGAAUGAUGUUUUUAUUUUUUUUUAUCUUUUAAAUGUCGAGAAAAAUUGAAAUUCAUGAAAACUACGUUUUUUUUUUUAAUAACAAAUAUUAAAAUCUUUAUAUUUUUGUGUAUUACAUAAAUUACCACCUGACAUUGACUGGUGAUAUUGAAAUUUCCUUAAACCUAGAUUUUGACUAACGAUAAUUAACCUUUUUUUUAAUUUUUUUUCUUCCACAUAGAUUUUUCACAUUUUUGAUUAAUCGUUUAAAUUUUUUAUGUGUCGUUUUGUAUUUAUAGUAAAAUUUGAAUAAAAACAUUAUCUUGCACAGUUGACGAUGGCCAGUGUUAUAACUACAAAAAUUAUGAAAGCGCCAGCGCCAGAAAUUCUAAGUUUCUAAUAUACCGGGUGACUCAUUUUAAUCGACGCACCCGCAUAUCUCUGUUGCUAAGCCGAAUAAAAAAAAAUGUUCUGAAAAAUGUUAUUCAGGACAAAGGGGGUCAUCUAACUGCAGUAAUAACUUUGACCUUGGUGUCAAUUUUCGAGGUAAUUUGAAGGUCGAAGGUAUUUUUUUAAAUGGGAAACCCUAUUUUUGACGCCUGAUUUGGAGAGCGGGAAAUUUUACGACCAGAAUGGUAGUUUAACAAUUUUUAGAGUGACCUAGAAAAUCAAAAUCAAAUCAAGGUCAAAUAUUGAAAAUUCGUCCAAAAGCUGUUUUUUCAAAUUCUUGGUGGUUUAGUAGGCUUAGGGGCCAAUGACUGACCGUUUUGACUUUAGUGUCAAAUAUGAGUCAUUUAGAAGCAGUUUUAUUAAAAAAAAUUUCACUUCAGUUCUUAAUCUAACUUUUAGCGUUACCCAGAAACAACGACGUGGACGUAGUAAGUUCUGUUUCCUUUGGGGUGCUUGUCCAAGAAUUCGAAAAAACAGCUUUUGGACGAAUUUUCAAUAUUUGACCUUGAUUUGACCUUUUCAAGGUCACUCUAAAAAUUGUUAAACUACUAAUCUGGCCGUAAAAUAUCCCUCUGUUUCCGAAUCCGGCGUAAAAAAUUGGGUUUCCCAUUAAAAAAAAUACAUUUGACCUUCAAAUGACCUUGAAAAUUGACACCAAGGUCAAAGGUAUUAUUGCAGUUAGGUGACCCCCUUUAUCCUGAAUAACUUUUGUUUCACCAUUUUUUUUUAUUCGGCUUAGCAACAGAGAUAUUUGGGUGCGUCGAUUAAAAUGAGCCACUCGGUAUAUUGUUACAGUUAUUUAAAUUCCUCCGAGUUACAAAAAAAAAUAGAGCAUUCGAGAGGGCUUAACGAUGUGCUUCUUUUUUUGUAUUUUAAUUAACUGUAUCCUAUCGAUUUUAAGUGAAUCACCCUGUAUAAUAUCUGACAUUUUGUUAAUUUAUAGAGAAAUAAAGCAAUUUAGUUUUACUCAAACCAGAAAAAUUAUAUUUGUUUUGUUAAAAACUUUCUUUUAUCAUUUCAAUAAAAAAAAAACUCGAUAUCUUUACGAUAACUAAAAGAUUUUUUAAUAAAAAAAGUUUACCGCAAGUAGUUCCAAUCUGCCGAUGAUAAUUGUUCUCGAUAAUUUAACCCGUCAAAAUCCGUUUCCGUGCCCUUUUUAAGUUUUAUUGAGAAGUUGUCGCGCGGUACUACAUACAUAAUUUUAGCUUCCGUUCCUCCUGUAUAAGUAAUUAUCCAAAUACUCGUUGUCGCAAAUAUGUAUUAUUGUUUGCCCCUUUGAGACUGAUGUAACAUUUUUUAAAGAAAAUUAUUAGGCUAGAGGGUAGUAGUAUCAGGACAGGACCAAUCGUACACGUUGAAUGAGACGUUAGGUUCGAUCGAUGUGCGCAACUGGGACGCUCUAACCGACGAGCCGGGCCGGUUCCCAUCCACGCCCCCCCAACAUACAUCGAUCAAAUCAGUUCUUAGUAGGCCUAUUCUAGGAGUUUCACCCGCAGUUCUCGCCUAUAGUGCCGCUGGGGGGUCGGCGAUCGGAACCGACGGGCUCGUGCACACGAGAUUCUGUUGUCGUCCGACAUGCAUUUGGAAAAGUGUCUAAACAGUAUUUCCGUAAUUUCCUCGAAAAUUUUGCUGCCUUGAUUGAAUUUGUGUUUUCGUAGUGUGAAAUGCAACCGUUAGUUUUUAUCAGCCGUUUCAGUGAUUGUGUGGAUUUCUCCGUUUUCCAAGUCGUGUCGAGCGCAUUAUACCUAAUAAAUAGUUGUAAAUAGUUUAAUUAUAAUAGCCUUGUAUGAAAUUGUAGAUAAUGAAUUUUUUUAUUGAAGAAAAUGUAGGAAUAAGUAUAUAUUAUUUAUUAUAAACAUUUAAUUGAGUUAAGGAAGAACUCCCCUCCAGAGAACGUUUUUAAAAGGUCGCUGAGCUUCGAAAUUUAUUACAAAUAUCAGACGACAAAAAAUUUUCAGGAAUUGUUUUCAAAUUAAAAAAGAAUAGUUUUAAACUUUGCAUUUGCCGACUUGAACUUGAAUUCGCACGUGAAACGUUUAGAAAGGUUUUUUGGAGGUGCGUUAGAGGUCCCUUGUGAUAUUUCGCUCAAAAAAUAGUUUGGCUGAUGAUUAACUCAUAAUAAUACGUAUUACGUUUAGUUGUUUUUUUUUAUCAUUUUACGCCAAAAUUUUAAUAUAACUUUAAUUAUUUUCAUCGAUAAUGUUAAGUAAAAAAAUUGUAAUAUUAUUUUGGUAUAAAAUGGUGAACCGUUUCACUAUCUUCUGCUUUUUAAAUACACUUCAUACUGUAAUAAGAAAUAUUGUUCUUCCUUAGAUAUGGAACAGAACAUGCAGAGUACUUUUUGUUAUCAUUGUUUGAAAGCAUUUUAAUCGUUAUUUAUGAAAUAAAUUAUUUUAUUUUUAAAA